UUUAAAUGUCAUGUUGAAAGUGUGUCAAAAAGAUAUUUACUUUUUAUCGUAAACAUUAUUUUUUCGUUUUACGGCUCUUCCGUGCAGUUUAAAUUUGUUAACUUGCUGAAUUCUGCGGAAACAUUUACUUUGUUUUACAGUAUGCUUUCUGAAUUGAGGGCAUGAUGGGUUACAAAGCGGCUAUCCAAGUUUUAAAGAAGGCAGAUCUCCUGAAAGCCAAGGUUACCAGGAAAUGCGACCUGUUGAAUGAUUUGGAGGCAUGGACUGAUCAGCAACAGUUGCAGACCAUAUACCAUCAGGUGCUGGUUCUCGACUUGGAGUAUGCUCUGGAUAAAAAAGUUGAGCAAGAACUGUGGACAUUGGGAUUUAAAAACCACAUCUCCACAUUACAAGAACAGGCCAGAGAUAAAAAGAAUCCACGCCGAGCAGAGGCUCAGGCAUUACUAUCUUGGUGUUUAGAAGCAGCUUCCGGUUUUUAUUUGACACUCCUGCAGGAGUUGUGCUCAACCUAUGACUUGGAUCUGCCAUUUAGGAAGAGUGUGAUUUCAUUUGGUAAACUGAAGAGCCAUAAUUUCAAUGAGCCCAGUAACAUACCACAAUCAUCCUCAUGCUUGUACAUCUGUCAGUACUGCUUGAUUCAUUUAGGAGAUAUUGCUAGAUACAGAAAUGAGAAACAGCAAGCAGAGAGUUUUUAUAAGCAUGCUAUAUUGGUUAGUCCAUUUAGUGGACACCCAUAUAAUCAGUUAGCUUUGCUUGAGGCUAGUGAAGGUGACAAGUUAUCAACCGUUUUUUACUACGUUAGAGGUAUAGCUUUAAAGAGCCCUUUUCCCGCGGCCUCCACCAAUUUGAGUAGGACUUUAGCAGCGUCCUUAGACAAAGACGAACCUAUGUUCGAGAUGCAACCUAAGAUGACGGUUAACGAAUUUAUACGCGUUUUCCUCAGGGCACAUUCACUUCUCCACACAGACUACGAUUUGAUACAGGCUAGGAUUUGCGUAGAGAGUAUCACGGCAGCUCUUACGGCUUUAAUCGCAACCCAAAGUUUCACAACUGAUAGUCUUGUCAAGAUGACUGUAAUCAACUUGUAUGCUUUGAAACACACCGUCGGUGAUGAUGUCAUGAAGUGCGAAGAUUUAACCGAAGACGAGAGACAAGUCAGAGCCUUAAUUUUGGAUCUGCUUGCUGGUUCUUUAAGUGCUUUUUUGUUACCUGUUUACACGUUGAAAGCGGACCAAAGUAUCUUAAGUUAUUACGCCUUACCAGCAAUACGUUUGAUUUUGAUGUGGAUUCAAAAAGAACCGCAAGUGUUGACCGAUCCCGUUUUCGCUAAACGCCUGCAGAUUUGGCCUGGAUGUUGUAAGCUUUUGAACACUCUGCAAAAUCACAUUAAGGAUGACAAUUACGAUAAGUAUGAUAAAGUACCAUUGUCAUAUGACAAAGAGUUACGUGGAUUUGUACCAUUGAGUGAUUCUCUUGAUGUAUAUGAUUAUGCUUCUGAGCCGCUUCCUGACGAGUUUGAAAUUCAUUUGAGAGCAAAACGAUUACUAGCUUUCGGCCAAUGGAUAACUACUUAUGAUGUGAACGGAAGCAAAUUGAUGAUAUGUUCCGAGGAAGGUAAACUGCUUCAUUUUGAACCCGCAUGCAUUCAGCCGGAUCCUACGAUUCAGCUGUUAGAAGAAAUGAAAUCGUUCAAAGUGGAAGAGACGAAAAAAGUGCAUGAGAAGAGAGUUGGGAUUUUGAAGCCUCAAGGAUCACUGGAGAAGUCCAGGGAAGAAAGAGUUCAGGUGAAGGGUUUGGAAGAGGAUGUAGCAAGCGCGCAGAGAAUGGAUUCUAAUAAAUUAAAGCGCAUCACGCAAAACGUGGCACUUCAAUCGAUCUACAAGAAGAUAGAAGAGAACAAGCAGGUGAAAUUUAGCGCUGAAACAACGGAUAAAGAUAAGUCGCCGAAAUUGAAGAGGCAUCCACAGGUUUCAAUGCAACCACUGCCUCCAUACAUGCGCGGCAUCGUCGAAAAUACCCAGAACAAGGACUUCUUUUCCUACCCUCAGCAGCAACAGCAAUCCCUUCCUCCUAAUCCUAUUUUCAAUAAUGAUACGCUGAAACAGAAAAUGCAGUUCCCACCACCGAACAUGAUGAAUACAAUGCCACCAAACUUCUCUUCGGAAAAGAUGCCCACCUUCAACAUGCCCCCGUCUUACAACAAAGAGGAGAGGCCGAAUAAUUGGUGGCCAAAUCAACCGAAUUUUCCGCAGAACGAUUUUUACCGCCAACAGCCGCCUCCACCAUUUCCUCCCCCCAAUCACAACCACAUCGACGUAUUUAAUCUAUCGCCUUGGAGCAACAAUAGCUACAACGCUUCAAAUUCUAAUAAUCUAUCGAUGAGACAAGCCAUGCUAAAUGAAACUAAGAACAACAACAUCGUGAAUAACGCUCCUGGUUAUUCUUUGUUUAAUCCAACAAGCUGGACUCCGAACCUUCCUGGACAAUUGAGGACACCGAAUCAACAGCAGCCGCCUCCUCCGAAUCCUCAGUCGCAUCACCAUCAGUCUCUUUUCAGCGGUGGCAGUGGUCCGCAAUCGCUUCAGCAGCUCCUAGAACAGCAGAAUCAAUUUCAGAAAGGCGAUACUUGAGUAGUCCUUCAAACAGACGCACGAUGAGACAAAAACCUCUUUCUUGGGGCACCAAUUACCACUACAUGCUUCGCAUGCAAACCCGUAAACAUAUGCUAUUUGUUCCAUAAACACAUAAAUAAAAUGAAAUGCGUACUAGAA